AAAAUGAUGCACCUGUCCAUCCUUCUUUUAUCAAUCAUUGUUGUUGCAGCUAAUGUGUGCCAGAACGAUGUCCAGACGGCAGGGUCUCUCCUCUCUGGAAGUUUCGAAAUGCCAGGAGCUUCAGGAAUUACACAUACCUUUCUUUUCGAUAUUUUGGAAGACCAAGACAAUGAGUUACUCUAUUUCAUAGGGUAUUAUGGCACGAAUAGUCCAUGGGACACAAUUAUUUACAAGGCAGACCCUGAACUGGCUAAAGUUCAAGUGAUGACUUAUGAUAUCUACUGUCAGUAUCGAUCCUACGCCAUGUCUGCAAACAAGGAGUUUAUUUACAUCCCAGAUAUAACUACUGAUAAGAUAUUUGAAGUCAGGACUUCCGAUUUGGCCAUCUCCAGGGAGUUGUCAGUUAGCUCUUCCUCAGUAGAUUAUAAUUCAAAUAUGGAAAUAAGCAAAGGUUUCUUCUUCAGCAUCAAUUUCAGCUCAACUAUACACAUUUGCAAAUGGGACAAGUUAACUUCCAAUAUCUACUGAUUAUCUUCCGGUUUCAGCAGUCAUACCAACUUGGCUUCAAUCAGUGAAGAAUUACUCUUCUUUGGAUCAACUGACACAGCAGCUGACAAAUACUACCUGAUAAUUUACAACUUCUCCUCCUCCAGCUCACUUUGGAAUAAGAGCAUUGCCUGUCCCACUUCGGGCUGAGUGAGUAAAUUCAGUGCUUCCCUGCUGAGCAGAGAUGAAGAGUGGGUCUACACAAUGGUGCUGUACGAUGCAAACUUUAUUUUGCACAAACUUAACAUCACUGAUGGGAGUCCCCAAAACUCAGGACUGAUUUGGAGUGACAGUGGUUAUCAAAAUAGUUAUUGAAUGAAAGAGUUCAGUGAUUUCAUUGCCAUUCAAAUCGAAAGUUCCUCAUUAUCAAAUAAGAAAAGGUUGAUCCUAGUAACUCCCUCAAUCACAGAAGUUGUCAAGGUGUACAAGUCGGUUGGCUCGAAGGCUUAUGCACUUGGAAGAUUGCUUUACCAAGGUGAAGAGCUAAUGUAUCAUUCUGGAAGAAUAGAACCCAAUUAUGCGUUCUUCUUUGCAAGAUCACCUACAAACAGCAUUGGACAGCUUUAUGAAUUUGAAGAAGACACUCUUCUAUUCAGCCCAAUUACCACUGACUAUCAGGUUUUGUCAGCAGCAUCAAACCCAAGCCUUACUACAAGCACGAACACCCUCAUCAUUGAAACUUCUUCAUCAAUUGAAACGACUGAUAUUACUUCUUCAACCAAUCCUUCAUUUGCUACCUACGUGACUUUGUGGAAUCAGGACUACACGCAAUCAGUUCAGAGUAACACCUCGGUGAAGCUUGACUUUACCUGGGCCUGAAUCCAGUCUGGAGACUACACUGAUAUCAGCUUCAGUCUGGCACAAACCGGUUCAAAUUCUAUACCUGAGUGGGUAAAGCUGGAUGCAGACAAGCAAGAACUCAACCUCAAUACCACUCCCAAGCUGACCGAAGAGAAGACUUUUUAUUUUUCACUUCAGAUCUCCUUCAACAGUGAAGUACACUACAAGGAGUUUGAGAUCACUGUAGAAGAGUGAUCUAUUAAGAACUGUGAGCUAUGAACACUAGGCAAUUCUAGUAUUUGAGAAACUUGAACAGAUGGCUAUCAAAGCUCUGAUGAAAAGAAAUCCUGAUCUAAAAUUCGAGCGCCUGCCGGGACUGCACAGACUGCCACUGCUUUUAUGGGAGUAGGUAUGAUAAUUGCUGCUGCUUCAUCUGCUCUUUCUUUUACUUCGAUCAACUCUAUUUUCUGUAUGAUGAACAGCCUCCAACUCGUAAUUCUUCUACCACUUGUUCCAGAGUACUUUUCUAUCAAAGUUAUGGAUUUCUUGGAUGGAAUGGGCUUUGCAAUGCUUUCGUUUGAUUUCAUUCAACUCGAAGAUAUUCCUUUUGUCAAAACUAUCAAGAACUGGGUUGAAUACCCACAGACCGAUGAAUACUUAGAAGACAUCGGGAUGAGCUCUGGAAGCUCUAUUGUUAAUUAUAUUUCCUUUAUUUCUUUCAUUAUUUUGCUUGUAAUAGGUCAUAUCUGAGUUUAUCUAUUAAUAAAAUGAGCAAGGAGAUCUGAACACGAGGGAUGCAAGAAGUUCUUCAAUAAACUUUUCGAAUUCUUCACCUUCAACAUCUACAUUCGUACUUUCAUUCAGUCGUUUACGUUCACAAUACUCUGCACUUUCUCUGAAAUUUACUCGUUAAACCUGAAGACAACAACUGUGAAAAUAUCGUUCGGAUUCUGCAUAUUUACCGUUAUUGGCUGACUUUGCAUGCUACUCCUUUCUUUGUACAUGUAUAAAAAAUCUUUUCCAGAGAUAGACAAUGAGAAAUAUUGGGCUUGUAAAGAGUUCUUCAACGGAGUCAAGCAUGGGAAAGGCUCUAACCUCUAUACUACUAUCUUUUUGAUGCUCAGAGUCAUGCUGGUCUCUCUUGUUAUUUUUGGAAAGACUGUUCCAUCAUUUUAUAAAGCAAUUGCAUUCUGAGCAAUAAACAUCGCUUAUGGAGCGUACCUUCUGGUUAGCAGACCGUAUGAGAACCCUCAAGAUAAUAUUGUUGAGUGCAUCAACCAGAUUUUAUUUUGUUCCCUUGCCGUUCCAUUAUCUUGGCUAAAUACGAAAGCGAAUUGGACCCCAUUUUAUGAAGACUUCUAUAUCAAAAUUCUUAUGGCUUCUCCAAUUAUAGGAAGCAUUGUUUGAUUCGUAUUUUUAAUAAAAUCAAUUAUUUCCCGUAUCCAAAAAAUGAGAUCUGCCAUUAAAAUCCAAAAUUUACCUCCUCCCACCAUAAUGAGAGGAAACCCAAGAAGAUUCCAUAAGCAUGAGGAGAGUAAACUAAGUCCUACGACACCCAACUCAGUCCUAAAAUACUCAUCAAACCUCAGUCUGCACCAUUCUGAAAUCCUGAGCACUAUUCAAGACCCUACCUUGAAGAACAUCGACCAGUUACGCCAAGAGGUCAUGAAUCAGGACAGAAUGAGACUCAGAAGAGAAUUCAAAAUUUAACCUAAUUUAUUUGACUCAUGAAUCAAUCCUAAAU